CGCGGCGUUUGCGGCGGCGCGGCCGGGCCGGGCCGGGCAGAGCGCGGCGGCCGUGCAGCAUGCUGGACCCGGAGGGCAGUGUGGAGCACCAGCCUGCCUCCUCCUUCCCCAAAGUCCUCCUCAUCCCUCUAGCCAUGCUCCUCGCAAUUGCAGCGCUCCUGCUCUUAGCCUUUUCCGCUACGCGGCAGAAGGAACCUGAUUUUUACACUUUCAAAGUUGUAAACAUCAGGGGCAAGCUUGUGUCUCUGGAGAAGUACAGGGGCUCGGUGUCUCUAGUUGUCAACGUUGCAAGUGAGUGUGGGUACACAGACAGCCACUACAAGGCCUUACAGCAGCUGCAGAGAGACCUGGGCCCGUACCAUUUCAAUGUGCUGGCAUUCCCCUGCAAUCAGUUUGGGCAGCAGGAACCAGACACCAACAAAGAAAUUGAGAGCUUUGCACGAAAGACUUAUGGUGCCUCCUUCCCCAUGUUCAGCAAAAUCACAGUCAGUGGAGCUGGGGCAAUUCCUGCCUUCAAGUAUUUAAUUGCUUCUACAGGAGAAGAACCAACCUGGAACUUCUGGAAAUACCUGGUGGACCCCAAUGGGAAAGUAGUAAAGGCCUGGGACUCUACUGUCUCUGUUGAAGAAAUAAGGCCCCAUGUUACAGAACUUGUAAGGAAAAUCAUCCUAAAGAAGAAGGAUGAAUUAUGACUUUCAAAAAUCUCAGCAUACCAAUUGCAUCUGAAUUGAGAAUUAGGGCUGGACUUUGUCUUUUCACAUUCCAAAAGAGAGGAUAUAGGGAAAGGAAAUUAUGACCAGUUGAAUCUGUAUUCGCCAUCUAAGAAUGCAGAAACCAGCAAGGUAACAUGGUCAAAGUAAUAUGAUAUUUUUCUCUGCUCAAAUUCAGUUUGAGUUUUCUAGGAAAGAAGAAAUCUUCAGCAAUUGUUUUCUCCCCAGUUCAAUUGUUAGUUGUUGGUAACACUAAAGGAAGUUAGUUUGUAUAGGAAGAAAGAUAAGAAUAAUGAGAAUGUCCUAGCUGGGAUCUCCCUGUUAUCUGCAAAUCUGUUGUUAUAUUUUGAUUGCAAACUGAAUAAAAUAAACAGCAGAAAGCACAUGAUUGACUUAAGGUGUGUGCUAGGAAGAGGGUCAAACCAGCUACCUUCAGACCAGGCAGAAUUUGCAUAUUCCAAUUAUCAGAGCCAAACAUAGCUAAUUUCAUCUGUACAGAGAGUUUAGAAGGGCAUGGGAG